AUGAAGCCAACAACUCUCCUCCUCCUCGCCGCCACAGGCGCAGAAGCUCACUACCGCUUCUCCAAACUAAUCGUCGACGGCGUCCCGGAAACAAAAGAAUGGGGCUUCGUCCGCCAAUCCAAAAACUACCAGUCCAACGCCGGCGUCACAGACGUAAACAGCAACGACAUGCGCUGCUACCAAAUGCGCACCGGCACCGCCACCGCGACCGUCACAGCCGGCACCCGCCUCGGCUUUGUCGCCAUGUCAGCCGUCACCCACUUUGGCCCCGUGUCCUUCUACAUGGCUCGCGUGCCCGACAAUGCAAACAUCAACACGUGGGAGCCAGCGGGGAAUGUGUGGUUCAAAGUGGGGGAAAUCAGUGCCCAAGCUGGGCCGAACGGGCAGCUGGGAAGUUCGGAGCAGAAUUGGCCUGCUUAUAACCAGAAGGAAGUGUACUUUAAUGUGCCUAAAGAGGUGCCAAACGGAAAGUAUCUUGUUCGUGUGGAGAGUAUUGCUCUACACCAGGCUCAGUCGGCGGGUGGUGCCCAGCUUUACAUCAACUGCGCUCAGGUUGAGGUUGUGGGCGGGGGGAGUGGGCGGCCGGGCCCGCUGGUUUCUUUCCCGGGGGCGUACGGUAGGAAUGAUCCCGGGUUGGUGUGGUCGUAUUAUCCUGUUCGGACGAGCUACAAGGCUCCGGGGCCGGCGGUUUGGCAGGGUUGAGAGGGAAAGAGGGGUGUUGUACGAUGGAGGAGGGUUGUUCACAGCUAUUGCAGACGUGUGUCGCUUGUCACAACAAAGCUGAUGACUGAGAUGUUAUAUCGUCUUCUGUUCUGGACAUCGAUUGCCGAA